CGCGCGCGGCCGCGCCCGGCCUCUCUCUGGCACUUUUGACCAGAAAGGCCCUUCCUCGCGCAGGAAGCCGAGGCAAGGAUCGCGCCGGAGGGGCUGUCGGGCCCCGAGCGGAUCGCACGUCCGCAGCUCACCCCGCCCGAGGAGGAGCCAACGCACUGCCCAGACCGCAGCGCCGCCAUGCUUGGGCCUGCGCCGACGGCGGUCAUGACGGGGCAUGCGCAGACGGCCGUGCCCGGAGCCAUUGACCGGCCGGCUGGGCUCGGAGAGAAGCGGGUGCGCAGGCGCCGGGCGAGAGGCUGCGCUUGACCGCCCCUGGAGCGUGCGUGCGCGCGCGAGCCGGAAGGGGCGGUGCCUGGUGGCGCGGCGCCUGCGCAGUGGGGAGGGGCGCGGGGGAGGGGCGCGGCGGCUGUCAGCUGACUGUGGCGGCGGCGGCGGCGGCGGCCUCGAGGUGACAACCGUCCCCGUCGCAGGCUCCGGCGGGGGCGCAGGAGGUCGCCCGGCGCGUCAUUGUCGGGUCGGCGAGGCCCAGGGCCGGCCGCAGCACCAUGGCGACCACCGUCAGCACUCAGCGCGGGCCGGCAGUCUUACCCUGUCGCCAGGCUGGAGUACAGUGGUGCGAUCUCGGCUCACUGGAACCUCUGCCUCCCAGGUUCAAGCAAUUUUCCUGCCUCAGCCUCCAGAGAAGCUGGGAUUACAGGCAUGUGGCACCACACCCAGUUAAUUUUUGUGUUUUUAUUAGAGUCACGGUUUCACCAUGUUGGCCAGGCUGGUCUUGAACUCCUAGUUUCAAGUGAUCCACCCACCUCGGCCUCCCAAAGUGCUGGAAUUACAGGUGUGAGCCACUGCCCCCGGCCCCAACCUCUGUUCAUCUGGGGCUCUAACACUGUCCCUUGACCUGCCAGACAGGCCCUGUAAACCUGCUGUGCAAGUGUUUCCUGUCCCUGAGUCACUGUCUCCAGAUCCUGUGGGCCCUGUCCAGGCACCAUGCUGCUAAGGCCUGCCCUGCCACCCUGCCACCCGGCCUUGCCCUGUGUCUCUGCACAGCACCUGCUGCCUUUCGCAUGCAGUGUGACGUACUGUCUUUUUUCGCUGAAGUGAGGCACCACAGGAGCAGACUGAGCUCUGACCUGGGCGUGAACCUGAUGGCAGCCGUCCCCUGUAGGACAGUGGCCUGGAGUGGGCCCCUUACACAGCCUUCAAGGCAGGGCCAGCCCAUCAGACACAGGGAGGCUGGCGAUGACCUGGGCUUCAGGUUCUCAGCUCUGUCUGGGCCGGCUGUGCCGUUCUAUGCAGGUCCUGGGGUCCUGGGGCCCUGGCCGAGUGUAGGGUUCCCUUUUUGGCAGACACCCAUACCUCACCCAAGAGGCUUGUCAGACUGUGCCUUCCACCCGUAUCCCCAGGUCUUCUGACUAGUGGGAUUUGUAUCUGUUCUGUUGGAUUCUCCUGUCCUUUUGGACACCAGCCCAGCCCAGCUCUUCCUGCUGUGGGUCCCAACUCUGAAGGUCACGUUGAAUCAUGGCUGUGUUAGGAGCUGGUGAAAGCCCAGGCCUGGGGUACAGGAAAUAUCUGUGUUGGGGCUGCCUUGGGCUGGCUUUGGGGCUUCAGGAGCCCUUGACGCUUGUUCUCCAUGUGGGGUGGAGACUGACCCUGAGAGGCCAAAAGGUUUCCUUCUUGGGGGAGGAAACUCUUUAGAUUUGACAGCUGUAUGUGCCUCCCCAGCUCAGCUCUGCUGGGUUUUUUUGUUCAUUACUAUUUCAUCGUCCCUGGGUUUUCUGGGUGUGUCCCCCAAGCGCGUGGAUAUGGAGUUCACGCAAGCCCAAGACACACAUGUGAGCUGGGGCUGCUGUGAGGUGGAGGGGGCAGGCGCCCAUGGGUGCCUUCAUGUGGUUUCCCCAGCGCUGCUGUGUGACUCUGGCUGCAGAACUGAAUGAGAACCGUUGACAUUUUGUGAUUGAAUUCCACAAAACGCAUUUAGCCAUCGCCAAUUAUGUCAGUUUGCCGAAAGAAUACCAAGCAGCCACUUAGAAGGUGUCUUCUCACAUCGAGCAAAAGCUUCAGUGUGCUAAGGAUAUUUACUGCGUUUAUUUAAGUUGUUUAUUUGUACGUAUGAUUUGAUAAAAUUUGUGUAAGUAAAUAAAUUACACUCAGAGCUGCUCAGCACAUAGUCAUGACAUGUUAGAAGCUUUUUAGUUUUUAAUUGAACUUGCUUUAGUUACGCCAACCUGACAUUAGAACUGAGACUCAGGAGAGCCAUGCUUGCAGUGUUGACGUGCACAGUGCAGGUGCACAAGUGGCACACACAGACACAGACACAGUACCUCCUCAGCCCGUGCACAGUGCAGGUGCACACACAAUGCACAGACAGUUCCUCCUCAGCCCAUGCACAGUGCAGGUGCACACACAGCGCACACACAGACACAGACACAGUUCCUCCUCAGCCCGUGCACAGUGCAGGUGCACACAUAGCGCACACACAGACACAGACACAGUUCCUCCUCAGCCCGUGCACAGUGCAGGUGCACACGUGAUGCACAGACAGUUCCUCCUCAGCCCAUGCACAGUGCAGGUGCACAAGCGGCACACACAGAUACAGACACAGUACCUCCUCAGCCCGUGCACAGUGCAGGUGCCACACGAUGCACAGAGAGUUCCUCCUCAGCCCAUGCACAGUGCAGGUGCACAAGCGGCACACACACAGACACAGACAGUUCCUCCUCAGCCCGUGCACAGUGCAGGCGCACACAUGGUGCACACACAGACACAGACAGUUCCUCCUCAGCCCGUGUACAGUGCAGGCGCACACAUGGUGCACACACAGACACAGACACAGUUCCUCCUCAGCCCGUGCACAGUGCAGGCGCACACACAGACACAGUUCCUCCUCAGCCCGUGUACAAUGCAGGUGCACACAUGGUGCACACACAGACACACAGUUCCUCCUCAGCCCGUGCACAGUGCAGGCGCACACACGGCGCACACACAGACACAGACACAGUUCCUCCUCAGCCCGUGUACAGUGCAGGUGCACACAUGGUGCACACACAGACACAGACACAGUUCCUCCUCAGCCCGUGCACAGUGCAGGUGCACACACGGCACACACACAGACACAGACACAGUUCCUCCUCAGCCCGUGUACAGUGCAGGUGCACACAUGGUGCACACACAGACACACAGUUCCUCCUCAGCCCGUGCACAGUGCAGGCGCACACACAGACACAGACACAGUUCCUCCUCAGCUCAUGCACAGUGCAGGCGCACACACAGACACAGACACAGUUCCUCCUCAGCCCGUGCACAGUGCAGGUGCACACAUGGCGCACACACAGUACCUCUGCAGCCACACAGCCUCAUGGGGCAGGGACAGUGAGAAGGUUUCACAAGGUUCCACAGAGGGCCAGUCAGGGUCAUGGCUAGGAAACCCUGCCUUCCCGCUGCCCACAUGUGGCCAGCCAUGCUCUGGGGUGUCUGUGGCUGCAGCUCCUCAGGAUGGUGCCCCCUUGUAGGACAGGCCAGGACUGCGUGUGUUCAUGGCUCCAUGUCCUGGGCUGUGUCGGGCAGCAGGUGUGAACACUGGCUCUUUAGAUUGGAAACGUAUUACUACCAUGAAUAUUCACAGUGGGUGCUUGUUUAAUUUGUGUGUUUAAAAAGAAAAGUUAGCUUUGGAUUGACUGCAGACAUUACAUGAUAGCAAAGAAGAAUUAAGAUUUUAUUUCUGUGCCAAAACUAAAAUUUAGACUUGAAGAGCAAUUGUUUUAAAUAGAAGUGCAUUUUGGAGCCUUGUUUCUUUGAUGGUGGAGAGGUGUGCUGUGGUAGUUGAGAGCCCUGGCGUCAGCAAGGGAGGAACGGCCGUCACACAGGCCUGUGUCGUGAUCCACUGAGAGUGCCAUGUGGGGAGGAGGAUCAGCCCUUCCAAGAAAUACGGAAUUACAUUUUAAACUGGAUUUAGACGGACUAAUGGUUAUAAAAGUAGCUUUUAUUUUCAGAGAAAAAACCCAGAGAGCUCCGUGGAAUGAGAGUCCUACCCCGUCCAUUUUAUUUUAAAAGUAAUUCACAAAUGUGGUUUUAAAACCAUUUCUAAAAGUAACCGGCAGGAUAUGAAAGUAUACAUAAAUUAAAACAGGAUCUUCCCUGCCCGUUUCCCUGGAGUUCCAUUCCUGAGUGCGCCCCCAGAGUAGGUGUCGACCCAGGCCUCCUUAUGGUUCCUGCAGCAGGUCGUGCUGCGCCUCUGCCUCCGCCUCCGCCUCCGUCCCCGUCCCCCGGUCUCCUCGUUUGUUCGUGUUCCGUGUUUUUGGCAUGGACUGCCAGCUCCUGUUGGGGCCACGUGGCUCUGCGCUGGGUGGCUGUGCCUGGCUGGUGGAUGGGGCGUUUUCACGGCACAGGUGGUGCGGCCGAGGCGUCCUGUGCUCACGUGCCUGAGUGAGCAUUUCCAUGGGACUGGUUCCUGAAGUGGAAUUGUUGGCCUCACACAGGCAUUAAACUUACUUGUUAGGGUUGAACUUGGUAUGCUCAGCUUGUACCUGGAAGCAGAAUCACAGGGAAUAUCCGUUGUGUGUCAGGAGUGAUCAUUCUUUCAUAUUCCAAGCCUCUGAGCCAGGGCAAAGCAUGUGUUUUUAUGUGACCAUUGAAACGUUCCUCCAUCGUAAUAUGGCAAGAAUAUAUUUUAGGAUUAGCACUGAAUUUAAAAAACAAAUUCAAAAUAGAUGUUUAUUGAAGGACAGAGUCUCGUCCCUGAAACAGUAGGAUUUGCUUCAGCCCCUGGCCUCCCUGUGGCUCUGGAGUGGUACCUGGUCUUGUUGACAGUGGUGGAACCGCUCCUGGUGCGAAGGGCGUGGCUGUCAGUGGAGAAACGGCAUUGCAGCAGCGGCUGAGCGCCUCUUCCUGGCAGGCAGGGCGGCAGGUUGCAUAGCCAGUGUUCCUACGGGGAGGACUGAGGCCUGCUCUGUCCUCUCUUGCUCUCUUUACCUGAAGUGAAAUAUUUUUUGAUAAGCUUUUAAUUUUGUGGUGCUCAGUUGAAUGCGGAAUUGAAAAGUUGGCAUGAGAGGUCCUGUGUGUCUCAGCCACGUUCCCUGGCCGAUGCUCCCCUCACCGGGAACGGCUCUCACAGCUGUGACGGUGACUGGGGACUUGACUGUUCGCUCCAGCUUCCAUUUGGAUGUCCUGGUUUUUCAGUGACUGUCCCCUGCUGCCUCCGGAUCCCACCUUGCGUUUAACCAUCGUGUCUCUGUCUCUCAGGCUUCCCUUGUGUUUUUGGGACCUUGAUGGUCGGAAGAGGACCGACUGGUCAGGAUUUUGUUGGAUGUCUCUUCAUUGGGGCACGGGUUUUGGGAAGAAAGCCCAGAGGUGAGGUGUGUGUCAUCUCGGGGAGCUGGAUGCACACCUGCCUGCUGCGUGCUGCUGGCUGUGGUCCCCGGGCUGCAGAGCAGACAAGUUGGUUCCACAGGGAGCUGCUUCUCCCCUUUCUGAGUUCUGUCCACACGGUUUAUAUUUGAAAACCCUCAUUUCAUAUUUGUCAUUUUGUGGUUAAAUCCUUGUUGGAAAGUGAUAGUCAUGAGGCCUUUGGAUAUAAUUUUAUUUCCUCCCAGUAAAGAGUGGUCCCAUUGUCCUUAAUGGACAUCUAAAUUGUGCAGAGCAAGGAGACGGGGCGCUGGAUGCCCACAAAUGCCAAGACAGCCAGGAGCCAGAACAGUGAGGAACCCACAGCGCUCCCUCAGAGGCCUCUCCCGGACCCCGCGUCCACACAGCCCUAUGACCACCCACACCCUCUCCCUGACUGGCUUCUCCAUGUUGCUGUCUCCCAGACAUGUGAUGCCUGACUCUUCCUCACGUGUGCCCAGGAGCUUUCUGUCUGUCUCCCAUAUCUACCCAGGAGGACACAAGCUGCUUAUCACUCCCCAUGUGUGCCCAGGAGGACACAAGCUGCCUCAGUCCCCACAUGUGCCCAGGAGCACACAAGCUGCCUGUUGGUCCCCACGCGUGUGCCCAGGAGGACAUGAGCUUCCUGUCUGUCCCCAUGUGUGCCCAGGAGGACACGAGCUUCCUGUCCAUCCCCCAUGUGUGCCCAGGGGGACACAAGCUGCAUAUCUGUUCCCCAUGUGUGCCUAGGAGGACAUCAGCAUGCGUCCCGCACAUGUGCCAAGGAGGACACGCACUUCCUGUCCAUCCCGCAUGUGUGCCCAGGAGAACACGAACUGCCUGUCCGACUCCACAUGUGCCUAGAAGGCCACGAGCUGCCUGUCUGUCCCCCAUGUGUGCCCAAGAGGCAUGAAGCUAUUCCUGCCGUGUCCCCAGAGCUGCAUGCAU